AUGGCAGUAGCCUCGGCUGAGGGCGUGAGCCUGGCGGGCUUGCUGGAGGAGUCUGGGCCCGGGGCGGACGCCCCCGCCCUGCUGGCCCGGCUCCCCCCACCCACCGACCGGGCGGUGGCGGAGGUGGCGGGCCUGCUCACCGCCAGCCCCUCCACCUGGGACGCCGAGGCCCUGGGGUCGGCCCUGCACGCCGCGGCCCCCUCCCUGUCGCUGCUGGGCGACUGCCUGCAGUUCCUGGAGGCACGGCUGGACGCGCGCGCCGACCCGCCCCUGGAGGUGCUGGUGCCCUUCCUGCGCGAGGUGGAGGCGGAGGCCAACGCCACCUUCCAGCGCGUGUACACCGAGGCGCUGCCCGUGGCCACGCUGGUGGCCGAGCUGGCGCGCAUGGCGGGCAGCGCUGAGCGCCGCGAGCGCCGCCUGCACGACUGCGUGGUGCACAACCUGUUUGACGAGUACCGCUUCCUGGCGCGCUACCCGGACCGCGAGCUGGAGCUGACGGGGGAGCUGUGGGGUCGGGUCAUGGCGGCGCGCCUGGUCACCGGCGCGCCCCUGGCCGUGGCCCAGCGCCACCUGCUGGACGCGCUGGGGACCAACGCGCCGGGGCGAGGCACCCCGCUGCAGGCCCUGGCCGCGAUGGCAGUAGCCUCGGCUGAGGGCGUGAGCCUGGCGGGCUUGCUGGAGGUGCUGGAGGACGGGGCGGACGCCCCCGCCCUGCUGGCCCGGCUCCCCCCACCCACCGACCGGGCGGUGGCGGAGGUGGCGGGCCUGCUCACCGCCAGCCCCUCCACCUGGGACGCCGAGGCCCUGGGGUCGGCCCUGCACGCCGCGGCCCCCUCCCUGUCGCUGCUGGGCGCGGCGGUGGCGCGUGACGUGGACUACCCCGUGCCCGACCCGGCGCUGGCGGACCGCGUGGGGUUCAUCUUCAACAACCUCACGCGCGCCAACCUGGACGGGAAGCUGGUGGAGCUGCGGCGCAUCGUCACGCCCGACCUCUACCCCUGGUUCGUCACCUACACCACCGUCCAGCGCGCGGCGCAGGAGGCCAACCAGCAGGACGUGUAUGUGGCGGUGGUGGAUGGCUGGGGCGACCGUGCGCUGGCCGCGGCUUUCGUCCGCUCCUCCAUCAAGUAUGUGCGCGUGAUCCUGGACUCGCACGCCGUCAUCCGCACCAGCGAGCGCACGCUGCUGCGCAACCUGGCCUCGUUCCUGGGCAAGCAGACGCUGGCCAAGAACAAGCCCCACGGCGGCGGCGCCGCCUCGCUCCGCACCGUGCUGGACGUGCUGGCCGCCGUCCUGCUCAAGUGGGUCCUGGUGGAUGGGUGUUGUUGGGGGGGGAGGAGGAGAAGGGGUGCAUGGGUGCAGUCGGCGACGCGUCGUUGGGGAGGUGGACUCGGGGAGGAGAUGGUGGGCGGCCACGGAGGGCGCCCAGGCGAUCAUGCGCCGGGAAGUGCGCGCCCGUGCCUCCCGGCAUGCAUCGGGGAUGGGCGGCGCGGCGCCCCCCCCCCGCCUCCGCACCCCGUCCAUCCCCUCGCCACGCGCCCACCCCUCUUCAGGGACGCGGACGAGCGCGGCGCGGCGUUCAACGGCCGGCCCUACUUCCGCCUGGUGGUGGGCCUGGUGGCCGAGCUGGGCGCGCCUGAGGCCGGCGGCGCUGCGCCGGGCGACGGGGCCGCCCGACUCGACGCCACCCCCAGCUCAACGGCGCUGGAGUACCUGGAGGCGGUGGCGGCCUUCCUCUUCGCAGUGCGCCCGCAGCGCGCCCCGGCCUUUGCCUUCUCCUGGCUGCAGCUGGUGGGCGAGCGCCGGUUCAUGCCGCGCCUGCUCUCCGCGCCGGGCCAGGCCGGAGGCAUGGCGAGUGCGGGGGAGGGGCUCUGCCCCUACGAUGUGGCCCUGGUGGCCCUCCUGACCUGUGCCCUGCGCCAGGACCCGGAGGCGGACCCCGCACCCCCGGAGGAGGAGGCGGGGGACGCCCUGCCCCGAUUCAUACAUGCCGAGCUCCUGGAGGACUGGCCGGGGCCCGGGAGGUCCAUCGCAGCCCUGGCCGAGCGCAUCAAGGCCUGCCUCGAAGGGGACCUCCGGCUGCGCGACUCGGCCUACCCGCAGGACGUGCUGGACUGGCUGGGCGGCACGCUCUCCGCCAUGCAGACCGCCGACGACCUCACCUCCCUGUUUGCCACCGCGGCGGCGCUGGCGGCCGGCCAUGCGACCCCCCGCCCCGCCCCGGAGCCCAACAGCGCGCUGGGUCUCUUCCUGCGCCGCGCGGGGGCCCUGUUUGGCCGCAUGCCCUUCGAGGCCGUGUGCGACCUGCUGGAGGAGGUGCAGCUGGCGGUGCACCACGCCGUCUCCGGCACCGCCCCCGCAUCGACGCCCGUGCCCGCGGCGGUGGACCUGGGCAUCUUGCGUGCGCGCCUGGAGUCCCACGCCCUGGCGUCAUGUGGUCGGGAAGAAAGCGGGGCGGAGGUCGUCCGCGCGGCGCAGGCCGGCGGUGCGCACGCCACUUUGGCGCACGCGCUGGGCGCGCUGGCCGACGUUGCCGGGCUGGCACGAGGCAGGGGCGCGGGGGAAGAGGACGCCGCCACGCCCUGCCCUGCGCGCGACUUGGCGGCGCAGCUGGACCGCGUUUUUCGCCGCGCGCAGGCCCUGGCCGAGCCGUCGCUGGCGGUCGCGAGUCGCCUGGCGCGCGCGCGUUUGGACUCGGAAGCCGGGCUGGAGGCCGGCGACGUGGCUGUGGUCAAGGCGCAGGACACGGCGGCCGACGCGGCGCGGCUGGCGGCCUGCGGCCUGUCGGACCUGUUCCUUGGCACGGGCAGCGUGCUGGGGGAGGGCGGGGGCGAUGACACCGGCUGGCCGCCGGGGGGUGCCCCACGGCACGCCGCAGGAACAACAGCCGCGCUGGCGGCGCGCUCGCAACUGCUUCCCGCCGCAGCCUGGGAGCGGGCGGGCGCGCCGAGGCUGGCCCAGCUGCGCUGCCUGCUGGCGCUGCGGGACGCGGCGGCGGGCGAUGCGGAGCGCGUCGAGGCGCUGCUGCUCCUGGCCGACAGCCAGGCGGGCGUGGCGGGGCCCGCGCAGGGCCUGAGGCUCCUGGAUGCCACCCUGGGGGGAGCUGGGGAGGGAAGGGGUGAUGUGUGCGAUGCGCCCAAAGGCAAACGCGAGGAGGGGCGCGUCGCGAUGGACGGCAUGUGCGAGGUGGGAGGCGGUUGGCUGAACGAUGAGGGAGAGGUGGCAAUCGGCCGGGUCGACAUCCCCUCCAGCCUGUCGGCGGCUGUGCGAUCGAGGGUGGCGGCCGCACGCGCAUGUUUGGAGGGGCGCCGAGCGCUGGCGGUCGGCGACGCGUGGUUGGCGCGGCACUGGGCGGGCCGCCUGGCCGCACUGGCGGGGCCUGGCGCGGCCGCCCUCCGCGCCGACCUCGACCUGCAGGCCGGCGAGCUGGCGACGGCCGCCGCGGCGCUGCGCUGCGAGCACGAUGGCGCCGAGCGCGGCGCCCAGGCCCUGCACGCCGCCGCGCUGUCCUGCGAGCGUGCGCUGCCAGCCGCGCCGCGUGCAGCGCAGCGCCAGCUGGACGCCGCGCUGCCGGUGGUCCUCGCGGCGGAGUCCCGAGCCCUGGCCGGAGAGGCGCACUUGACGCAGGCCGAGUGCUGGCUUGCAGCCGAGGACGGCAUGGAUCUGGCCACCGAGGCCCGCGCCAGGGUGCGUGCGAGUCUGGAGGCUGCGAGGCUGGAGUUCCAGGCAGCGGGUGAGGCCUGGAACCUCGACCACGUGGACGAGGUGCUUGCCAGCCUGGCGCAGGGCCCGUGA